UCUUGGACGGAAAGCAAAGGUAGAGUGACACAAUUGGCACAACGCGAGCGUAACCCUGGGGAUUCGGUUCAGAAACGAAGGAAUCGCUAUUUGGUGCAUUAUGCAUCACAAGCAAAGAUAUCAAAAUGAAUGUACCCUUGUGAUAUCAUCCACGGAAAUUUGGUGAAUCGGAUUUUAAACUGGUGUAUCGGUUCUGAAGCGCGACGCUGAUUCAACAUCUAACAUCAUGCUAUUGUUUUAACAGUAUCGUGAAAAAACGAAGCUGGAACGGUGAUCAAAUUUUUGUUUAUCGCUUAUUAGCUGGGAAACUACCCAAACCAUACAGAAAUUCGAUCGAGUUUCUUAAUCGUACGUCAAAAAUCUUCGUAUCCAUCAUACAGAAAAUAGAAUUUUAGCACACGAUAGCUCCUAAAAUUCUUCAAUGUAUCAAAUGGAUUUGAGAAGAUCAGAGGGCCUGGUGCGGGCACGUUCGAGAGCCGUGGUGGUUGGUGAAUGGUGUUGCAGAUAGACUCGGUGUGGGGUUGGGCGUCACCCCCGCUGCGCCUCCAGCUAGGGGGGUCUAGGGGCGCCUCGGGGAGAGCGACCGCGGGCGCCCCAUCCUCACAGAGGAUGGGUGAAAUGGUCGUAGAACGCGCACCUUCCCCAGCCCGCCUCAGUCACACUUCAGAGAAGCAUCCUCGUGCUACACUCACCGAACUCAAUGUUCUUCGUCGUCAUCGAGAAUUGUGCGAUGUUGUUCUCAAUGUCGGCUCUAGAAAGAUAUUCGCUCACCGUGUUAUUUUAUCGGCGUGUAGUCCGUACUUCCGAGCGAUGUUUACUGGGGAGCUGGCGGAAUCUCGACAAACUGAAGUCACGAUACGUGACAUAGAUGAAAUGGCGAUGGAACUAUUGAUAGACUUCUGUUACACUUCUCACAUCAUCGUCGAGGAAGCGAACGUUCAAACUCUCCUUCCAGCAGCGUGCCUUCUCCAGCUAGCAGAGAUUCAAGAUAUAUGUUGCGAGUUUCUCAAACGCCAGUUAGAUCCGUCUAAUUGUCUAGGUAUACGAGCGUUUGCUGAUACUCAUUCUUGUCGUGAACUUUUACGAAUCGCGGACAAGUUUACACAGCACAAUUUUCAAGAAGUAAUGGAAAGCGAAGAAUUUCUUUUAUUGCCUGUUGGCCAAUUAGUAGAUAUUAUUUCUUCGGACGAGUUAAAUGUUCGAACAGAAGAACAGGUAUUUAGUGCAGUUAUGAACUGGGUCAAAUAUAAUGUCACUGAGAGAAGGCAACAUUUGGCGCAAGUUCUUCAACAUGUACGACUACCCCUCCUUAGCCCAAAAUUUUUAGUUGGAACCGUAGGUUCUGACCUUUUAGUUCGGUCCGAUGACGCAUGCAGAGACUUGGUAGACGAAGCGAAAAAUUACUUGCUGCUUCCUCAAGAAAGGCCGCUGAUGCAAGGACCUAGAACACGACCUAGAAAACCAACCAGACGCGGUGAAGUUCUAUUCGCUGUCGGAGGUUGGUGUUCUGGCGAUGCAAUCGCUAGCGUGGAAAGAUUUGAUCCUAACACUGCGGAUUGGAAAAUGGUGGCGCCAAUGAGUAAACGAAGAUGUGGUGUCGGAGUAGCUGUACUGAACGAUUUGUUGUACGCAGUAGGUGGUCACGACGGACAAAGCUAUUUAAAUAGCAUCGAACGAUAUGAUCCACAAACGAAUCAAUGGUCCUGUGAUGUUGCACCUACCACAUCGUGUCGAACUAGCGUAGGUGUUGCGGUAUUGGAUGGUUUUCUUUACGCGGUAGGUGGGCAGGAUGGCGUCCAAUGUUUAAAUCAUGUUGAGAGGUAUGAUCCUAAAGAAAAUAAAUGGUCCAAAGUAUCACCAAUGACCACUAGAAGGCUUGGAGUAGCUGUUGCUGUGCUAGGCGGUUAUUUAUAUGCCAUCGGUGGAUCCGAUGGCCAGUCGCCUUUAAAUACAGUAGAAAGAUAUGAUCCGAGACAAAACAAAUGGUCUCAAGUAUCACCUAUGUCUACAAGACGUAAGCAUCUAGGCUGUGCGGUAUUUAAUAAUCUAAUUUAUGCCGUUGGAGGACGAGAUGACUGCAUGGAGCUCUCAAGUGCAGAACGGUAUAACCCUCACACAAAUUCUUGGAGUCCGAUAGUCGCUAUGACAUCAAGAAGAAGUGGAGUGGGUUUAGCAGUAGUGAAUGGUUUACUAUAUGCAGUGGGUGGAUUUGAUGGAACUGCCUAUUUAAAAACAAUUGAAGUGUACGAUUCAGAACAAAAUCAAUGGAAACUAUGUGGUUGUAUGAAUUACAGAAGACUCGGUGGAGGUGUGGGAGUAAUGCGAGCCCCUCAAACCGAAAACUACAUUUGGUAGCUCAGGCCCCCCUCUUCAGCCCAAAUGGCUGAAACUCCUUUAACUCCUCUUACACCGAUGACUCCAGUUACACCUGUAACUCCUCCCGCCCCUGUGUCGGUUCCUGUUGUUAUAACUAAUACUAGAAAACGCUACCGCCGAUCGAUGAGCAUUAUAUAAGUAAUACGUACGUUUUAUAAGACUUUGCCUUUCUAGAGAUGAAGUCCUUUUUGUUAGAAACUAUUCUAUGUUCUUUCACUAGCUUUGUGUAGCUUACAGUUCAUUUUCACGAGACAAUUACUUUGUACUAAGUACGGAUGUAUAUUUUCCUGAUGUAGAAAAUUUAUUCCUUGAUAAUGUUUAUAUUGUCGCGAUUUAAUCAUGUUUUUUAUAUAAGACUUUGUAAAAUAUUUCUUUUAUGUUAUUUAUACAUUCUGUUAUGUAUUACAAAAUACCAAUUCCAACUGUUCUAGAUUUAAGUGCAAUACUCUUGUAAUUUCUGUUCUAUUUUCCUUUUCUUUUUCUUUUUAUAUAUAUAUAUAAAGCAGCCGUGUUUAUUGUGAAUAUUUAAAAUACAAAGGAACAGAAAGGCAAAAUCUCUUUGAAACAUAUUCUCGAACACAAUAUUCACUUCAAUGGAAUGCUUGCAGCUUCCAUGUUUUCAGUGAUUAAAAAAAAAACAGAUUUUUAAAGUAUAUAUUGACAUCAAAACUUCGUUAUGGAGGACUGCUUGUGCAGUCACUGAUAAAAAAAAGAAAAACAAAAAUAAAGAGUUAAUCAAACAAAUUGUUUCUGUCUCGAUAGUAUACUUUCUACAUGUAUCGUAUUUUUAUCAAUAAGACUGAAGUGAAACCAAAAGUUUAUGUAAAAUUAAUAAAUGAAACGAAUGUUUCAGGCUCUAAGAAUAUUUUUGUUUUAAGAUAAUGUAUAAAACAUGCAUAAGUUAUAACAUGAUUUCAUCAUGUACUAAAUAUUACAAUCAUUGGAUUUACGUUUCUUAAUCCUUUUAAUAUCUCUACAGAAAACAAAGCUUGAUAAAUUUACGUUUUGUUUGAAGCGAUAAAGGAGUACUCUUAUUGUACAAAAUGGUAAUAGGGAUCAUUAUCCAACAAUUUCAUAAUGUAACGUUUGUGAUAAUAAUCUAAUAAGAGUCAGUAAAUUUGACUGAUUGUGAGCAAUAUUUUACUAACAUAACAAAAUAUUGUUUUGUAAUUAUUUAAAUAGAAAGUUAUAAGAAAGCUGUGAAAAUUUCUGUCGAUUAAUUACAAAAUUAAAAAGUUUAUGAACUUACUAGUUGUGUUACAUCUAUGAGAUUGUUGAAGAAAACAAAGCACAUGUCUAGUAUAAGAAUAUGCUGACGAUAUGAUGUAACUAUCUUUAAACAACUUGUUACAAAAUAUCACUACUAGAAACUGUACAGAUUCUCGAUAUUGUAUCGUAAUGACUUUCUUCAAUGGAACAAUCAGUUUUAAUUAGACACGAAACGCAAAAACGUUUCUAUUUCUUUACAAACACAACAAAUUUAUGAAAUCUAUAUAGUAUAUCUAUAUAAAUGAAACAAUUAUAUUGAGUUGGAAUAAUCCAAUUACAGAUUUAAAAUGGUACAAAUUAUUGUAAUCACUAAACAAAGUUCAAAUAAGUGUUCAAAAUUACAGAUUUAAUUUACAAAUAGUUAAAACUGUAGUUUCAUUAUAAGAUGUUGCUAAAAAUGUUAGUAUUUUAGUUGCUUAAAUCAAAAUUUAAUUCAAUUUUAAACUCAUGUGAGAAACAUUUUUACAGAAUGACAUUUACAUUUUUUUUUUACAUCAAUAAAUUUUAUUAUAACCAAUUGCUAUUCUCUAAUGAGACAAUGGAAUCUUUGAAGUAAAAUUAUUUUAUUAUUUUUUAUAUAUACAUAUAUACAAAGAUUUCAUUAUAUUCCUUGGGAAAUAUAUUAAAAAUGUUUUAUUUUCUGCCUACUGGUGAAUUCUAUUACGUGGAGCAGAUAAUCAAAAUGAAAAAGUUUUACACAUAAUACGGAGUAAUUUAUGGAAAUGCUAAAAAUUAGAUGUUUUUUUACAAAUAAAACAUACAUUUCAAAAGUACAGAUUAAAUUUUUGUUUUAUAUAAGAUUUCAUAUAUGUAUAAUAUAAGUUUAUAGAAAUGAUAAGUUUUUAGUGUACUUAAUAAUUCUGAAAGAUGAAUUUCUUUUUUAAAUCUUGUAUAAUAAACAAAUUUCAGUUUGUAUUUUUAA